GGUUGCCAACUGCCGGCCGAGUGGCGACCCCUCAGCGAGGGCUGCCGAGCCGAGCUGGCGGCGAUCAUCGUCUACGCCCGGGUGCUGGCCCUGCACCCCGACCCUUACGGCGCCUAUAACUACCUGCCCUGGCAGAGGGGUCCCCCCGGCGGCCCCCAGCAAGGAGCGGGGGGGCUUUUUUACUCGGCCGAGAUCGAGUUGCUGUGCGACCAGGCGUGGGGCAGCAUGUUGGAGGUGCCCGCCGGCUCCCGCCUCAACCUCACCGGCCUCGGCUACUUCUCCUGCCACUCGCACACCGUCAUGCAAGGCUACGCUUAUUUCUUCUUCCUCCGAAUGGAUGAGAACUACAUCCUCCUGCCGCACGGAGUCAACUUCCAGGAGGCGAUUUUCCCAGACACCCAGGAGAACAGAAGGAUGUUUGCCAGCCUCUUCCAGUUUUCUAACUGCUCUCAGGCACAGCACGUGUUGAGCUUCGCCAGUGACUGGGAGAUUCAGGAGGACAACCGGCUCAUGUGCUCCUCGGUCCAAAAAGCCCUGUUUGAGGAGGAGGACAGAGUGAAGAAGUUGCAGCAGAAGGUGGCAACGCUGGAGAAGCGCAACAAGCAGCUGCGAGAUCGGGUGAAGAAAGUCAAGAGGUCUCUCCGGCAAGCCAGGAAAAACACCAGGCACAUGGAGCAGAUGAACCGAAAGCUCAGCGAGAAACUUUCCUCUGCAGGUGGUCAAAUCCCCUAUAUUAACUCUUUGAAGCAGGAGAACUCCCAUGGUACCUACCUUAAAGUAUAAUGCAAGGCUAAGUGCUCAGGCCAAUGAUACUGGUGAAUUUUGCCUGCAUUAGAUCAGGAUCUGGCCCUCACACCUUGUCUACACUGUGCUUCAAACCUUGCAUGGAAAGUGAAUCUGAACUUGCUUUAGACACAGUGCUAGAUUAAACAGGAAUGCAAACCGUGUUUGGCUGGGUGUUGGAGGCACAGCCCAGAGCCGUGUCCUUGCUGUCCUCGGUGGACUGUAAUCUGUGCUUCUUGGCCCUCAACCCCCCUCCACCUCCCUCACUACUUUUAGGUUGUCUUUGAUGGAAGUGCCAGUUCAGCCCCAUGGGCUAUUGCAGGCACUUGACACGGGAAGUCUUCUUGGAAAGAUCUGGUGCCUACUUACCUCCUCCACAUGGGCUGGGCAAGCAAGGCCAGGGCAAUAUAUGGAAAUGGAUGCUGUAGGAAAGAUGCAGGUAUGAAUGGUCUUUGCUCCAUCAUCACCCCCAAGCUCUCAAACUCCCUUAAGCUUGACUAAAAUCUACAUCCAGAGUCUGAGCAAAGGCUCUGUCCGGGAUACGGUCAGUUUGUGUCCCUCUUCAAAAUGAAGCAACGUGCCCAAAGUGUCUUAAGAGUGUUUCUAAAUAUCCCUAAAUAUUCUAAAUAAAAUAUCUAAUAUUUUUUAUUUUACCAGGAAGUGCCUCAAAGGUCUCAGUAACUCCCUCAGGUGCCUUUAUGGAACGUGCCUUUUUGCCCAUGGAAACCACAUCAUUUUGGGACUGUGUCUAGGACCUAAUCCCGCUCCUGUGGUCAGGAGUGGACUUAGCCUUACUAUUAGUGGGUGCUGGAUGAGGCUCCGCAGACAAUUUCAGAUCCCAUUUUCAAGCAGGUUUAAUUUACAGUGUGGACAAGGCUUCAAGUUUUGUAAUCACUGUUUGAGGUAUAAUGGAGGUUGCUGGGCAGCCUCACUUAGUUACACUUAGAUACUGUAGAGACCACAUCAAUAUCAACAGGGCAUUAAAAACUAAGGUAGUUUAUAUAUGUAUAUAUUUUAAAAUCCUAUAGAAAAUAUUUUUAUUACACAUUUGAUAUAGUCUAAUUUCUUAAAAUAUGAAGUAAAUCCUGUUUCUUGGUUACUCUCAUUUAAAAAAGAAAACAAAGCCCAUCAUGUCCUUUAUUAGACAUUUACAAACUGACUUUUUCUCAAGCAGCAUAGGUUAAGGCAUCCAUGGCUGAUGACAUUUUCAGCUGUGUUAAUGUACCAGAGCAUGUCCUGGGUCUUGGUACUCAACUGCCCUUCCUUCCUAACAGGGCACCAUAAGGAGAGAAAGGUAGAAGAAGAGGUUUUAUGUUUUUCUUCCCUUCUCAAAAUAGUUUUUCUUACUCCAAGCAUGAAAUCCAAGUGUAGAUAUGCUUCAUGCUUUUCGACAGGGGCAGCCAGCCCUUGCCCAGCCCCGGGCAACACUGACAAUCUGCCAGGGCUAAAUCUGAUUUGUACGAGGUGGACUGAUCCAGAUGUUCUUUAACACAGAGGCGAGGCCCUCAGAAAGACCAGCGUGCAAACCACCACUCUGCUUCUAACUCUCCACACUUUACCAGAUCACUGCAUGGUCUCCGUGCUGUGUCUCAGCACUCAAAAUGCUCAAAAAUAGAGUAUCUCCAGGCUACAGCCCUGUGGGACAUGCUUUAACUAUCCUGUGCUAGGAAAAGCCCAUAUCAGCUUUCAGCCCUGAGCUUCAGUCCAAGCUGAACUCCAAAGUUAAGCCUUGUGUUGGCUUCUAGGAUGCUGCUGAGUUUAAUCACCUUCCAGUUUUGCUCCUUUUGGAAAUAAAGCUUUUUUUUUUUUCCUUUCU